CGUCUCCGGCGACCAUAGGGCUGUGUGCACUUCACCUGCGGCAGACAGGAGCCGCACAGACACUGCCGCAUCACCCCCCCUUCCCCCUCAGAGAAUGAGGAGCAGAGCCUAGAGGUGGUCGCAGAGCCGGGGCACUAGGCCCCACAGGAAGAAGCCAGAGAGAGGCAUCUGGACUUACAUACAAUAAGAGGAAAAGAUAGAGAAGAGCAAGAGAAUCAGAUAAGAAUGAAAACCAAAAGUGAUAAUAGUAUGUUGAAGCGAAAGCAAAGCUCGAGAGUAGAGGCUCAGCCAGUUACCGAUUUUGGCCCUGAUGAAUCGCUCUCUGAUAAUGCUGAUAUCCUGUGGAUCAACAAACCAUGGGUGCACUCAUUACUACGCAUUUGUGCAAUUAUCAGUGUCAUUUCCGUUUGUAUGAACACCCCAAAGACCUUUGAACAUUAUCCUCCUCUUCAGUAUGUAACAAUUGCCCUUGAUACCCUAUUGAUGUUCCUUUACACUGCAGAGAUGAUUGCAAAAAUGCACAUCCGAGGAAUUGUCAAGGGAGACACCUCCUAUGUCAAGGAUCGAUGGUGCGUUUUUGAUGGAUUCAUGGUGUUUUGUCUCUGGGUAUCCUUGGUUCUGCAGGUAUUUGAAAUUGCAGACGUUGUUGAUCAGAUGUCUCCAUGGGGAAUGUUACGGAUUCCUCGUCCUUUGAUAAUGAUUCGUGCUUUUCGCAUUUAUUUCCGAUUUGAACUGCCAAGAACUAGGAUAACAAACAUUUUAAAGCGCUCAGGAGAGCAAAUCUGGAGUGUCUCUAUAUUUUUACUAUUUUUCCUGCUUCUUUAUGGAAUUCUUGGUGUUCAGAUGUUUGGGACUUUUACGUAUCAUUGUGUGACAAAUGAUACGCAACCAGGAAAUGUAACCUGGAAUAAUCUUGCCAUUCCGGAUACUCACUGUUCGCCAGAUGGGGAAGGUUACCAGUGUCCUCGGGGAUUUAAGUGUAUGGAUCUGGAAGAUCUUGGACUAAGCAGACAAGAGCUUGGAUAUAGUGGAUUUAAUGAAAUAGGAACCAGCAUCUUUACCGUAUAUGAAGCUGCCUCUCAGGAAGGGUGGGUUUUCCUUAUGUACAGAGCAAUUGACAGUUUCCCCAGAUGGCGCUCCUAUUUCUACUUCAUAACCCUCAUUUUCUUCCUUGCUUGGCUUGUUAAGAACGUCUUCAUUGCUGUUAUUAUUGAGACCUUUGCUGAAAUAAGAGUGCAAUUUCAACAGAUGUGGGGCUCGCGAAGCAGCACCACUUCAACUGCUACCACCACGAUGUUCCACGAAGAUGCUAGUGGUGGCUGGCAACUAGUUGCUGUUGAUGUAAAUAAGCCUCAGGGAAGAGCUCCAGCAUGUCUACAGAAUAUGAUGAGAUCGUCCAUCUUCCACAUGUUUAUACUAAGCAUGGUUGCCGUGGAUGUAAUUGUCGCUGCCAGCAACUACUACAAAGGGGAGAAUUUUAAAAGACAAUACGAUGAGUUCUAUCUUGCCGAGGUGGCAUUCACUGUACUUUUUGACCUGGAAGCUCUGUUGAAAAUUUGGUGUUUGGGAUUUACAGGCUAUAUUAGCUCCUCUCUUCACAAAUUUGAACUGCUCCUUGUUGUUGGAACAACGCUUCAUAUUUAUCCAGUUCUCUAUCACUCUCAGUUUACAUACUUUCAGGUAUUAAGAGUUGUGCGACUGAUAAAGAUUUCCCCUGCUUUGGAGGACUUUGUGUAUAAAAUAUUUGGACCCGGUAAAAAACUAGGAAGCCUGGUGGUGUUCACUGCGAGUCUCCUUAUUGUCAUGUCAGCUAUCAGUUUGCAGAUGUUCUGCUUUGUGGAGGAGUUAGACCGGUUCACAACUUUUCCUCGGGCAUUCAUGUCAAUGUUUCAGAUUUUAACGCAGGAGGGAUGGGUGGAUGUAAUGGAUCAAACUCUUAAUGCUGUAGGAACUGUGUGGGCACCUGUAGUUGCUAUCUACUUCAUCCUUUACCAUCUGUUUGCCACUUUGAUUUUGCUCAGCUUGUUUGUUGCGGUUAUCUUGGACAAUCUAGAGCUUGAUGAAGACUUGAAGAAGCUCAAGCAGUUAAAACAAAGUGAAGCAAAUGCUGACACCAAGGAGAAACUACCAUUGCGUCUACGUAUCUUUGAAAAAUUCCCCAACAGACCCCAGAUGGUGAAGAUCUCCAAAUUGCCUUCUGAUUUUACCGUCCCAAAAAUAAGGGAAAGUUUCAUGAAGCAAUUUAUUGACCGUCAGCAACAGGAUACUAGCUGUCUGCUAAGAAGACUUCCAUCAGCUUCUUCUUCUUCUUGUGAUCACUCAAAACGAUCUGGGAUUGAGGAAAACAAGUACAUUGAUCAAAAGCUACGAAAGUCAGUUUUUAGUAUCAGAGCAAGAAAUCUCCUGGAAAAGGAAACAGCAGUUAAUAAAAUUCUAAGAGCAUGCACAAGGCAGCGCAUGCUGAGUGGCUCUUUUGAAGGGCAGCCUGCCAAGGAAAGAUCAAUCCUUAGUGUGCAACAUCAUAUACGCCAAGAAAGAAGGUCACUAAGACAUGGCUCAAACAGUCAAAGAAUCAGCAGGGGGAAAUCUCUGGAAACACUAACACAAGAUCACUCCAACACUGUAAGAUACAGAAAUGCCCAAAGAGAAGACAGUGAAAUCAAAAUGAUCCAAGAGAAGAAGGAGCAGGCGGAGAUGAAAAGGAAAGUUCAAGAAGAAGAAUUAAGAGAGAAUCACCCAUACUUUGACAAGCCCCUUUUCAUAGUUGGUCGGGAGCACAGGUUUAGGAACUUCUGUCGUGUGAUUGUCAGAGCACGAUUUAAUGCAUCAAAAACAGAUCCUAUUACUGGAGCCGUAAAAAACACAAAAUAUCACCAACUGUACGACUUACUUGGACUGGUGACAUACCUUGACUGGGUCAUGAUUGUAGUCACCAUAUGUUCAUGUAUUUCCAUGAUGUUUGAGUCCCCAUUCAGAAGGGUAAUGCACACCCCGACCUUACAGAUUGCAGAGUAUGUUUUUGUGAUAUUCAUGAGCAUUGAACUGAACCUGAAGAUCAUGGCAGAUGGCUUAUUUUUCACUCCCACAGCUGUUAUAAGGGAUUUUGGAGGGGUGAUGGACAUAUUCAUCUAUCUUGUCAGCCUGAUCUUCCUGUGCUGGAUGCCAUACAAUGUUCCAGCUAAAUCUGGAACUCAGCUUUUAAUGGUAUUGCGCUGCUUGAGACCUCUUCGUAUAUUCAAGCUUGUUCCUCAGAUGAGAAAAGUUGUGCGUGAACUUUUUAGUGGCUUCAAGGAAAUAUUUCUGGUAUCCAUUCUUCUACUAACAUUGAUGCUAGUGUUUGCCAGCUUUGGUGUUCAGCUUUUUGCCGGAAAGCUGGCAAAAUGUAACGACCCAACUAUUGAAACCCGAGAAGAAUGUCAUGGCAUAUUUAGGAUCAAUGUCAGUGUGUCUAAAAAUCUCAAUCUGAAGUUAAAACCAGGAGAAAAGAAGCCAGGAUUUUGGGUUCCACGAGUAUGGGCAAAUCCUCGAAACUUCAAUUUUGACAACGUUGGGAAUGCUAUGCUGGCUUUGUUCGAAGUGCUGUCUUUAAAAGGUUGGGUAGAAGUCCGGGAUGUUAUUAUUCAUCGCGUUGGUCCAAUACACGGAAUAUACAUUCAUGUGUUUGUGUUCCUUGGUUGCAUGAUAGGCCUUACUCUUUUCGUUGGUGUGGUCAUUGCCAACUUCAAUGAAAACAAGGGAACAGCUCUGCUAACUGUUGAUCAAAGGAGAUGGGAAGAUCUUAAAAGCAGACUGAAGAUAGCUCAACCACUACACCUCCCUCCUCGCCCAGAUAACGAUGGCUUUAGAGCACGAAUGUAUGACAUAACACAACAUCCAUUUUUCAAGAGGACUAUUGCAGUACUGGUCCUUGCACAAUCUGUUCUGCUGUCUGUUAAGUGGGAUGUUGAUGAUCCUGUGACUGUGCCUCUUGCAACAAUGUCUGUGGUUUUCACUUUCAUUUUUGUGUUGGAGGUAACAAUGAAGAUUACGGCUAUGUCACCAGCUGGAUUCUGGCAAAGCAGGAGAAAUCGUUAUGACUUGCUUGUGACGUCCCUUGGUGUUAUUUGGGUCAUACUUCAUUUUGCCUUACUAAAUGAAUAUACAUAUAUGAUGGGUGCCUGUAUUAUCGUAUUUCGUUUUUUCUCCAUAUGUGGAAAACAUGUUACUUUGAAGAUGCUGCUGCUGACUGUUGUUGUCAGCAUGUACAAAAGUUUCUUCAUUAUUGUUGGAAUGUUUUUGCUGCUUCUUUGCUAUGCUUUUGCUGGAGUGGUUCUUUUUGGCACAGUAAAAUAUGGUGAAAAUAUUAACAGACAUGCAAACUUCUCCACGGCAGGGAAAGCUAUAACUGUCCUUUUCAGGAUAGUAACUGGGGAAGACUGGAAUAAAAUAAUGCAUGACUGUAUGGUACAACCACCUUUUUGUACACCUGAUAGUAGCAGAUACUGGGAAACUGAUUGUGGAAAUUAUGCUGGAGCCCUUAUGUACUUCUGUUCAUUUUAUGUCAUCAUUGCCUAUAUUAUGUUAAACCUCUUAGUUGCCAUAAUUGUAGAGAAUUUUUCUCUUUUCUACUCUACUGAAGAAGACCAAUUGCUAAGUCCCAAUGACCUCCGCCAUUAUCAAAUAAUAUGGAAUAUGGUCGAUGAUAAAAGAGAGGGUGUUAUUCCAACAUUUAGAGUGAAGUUCCUCCUGAGGCUGCUUCGAGGCCGAUUAGAAGUAGACUUGGACAAAGAUAAGCUUUUAUUCAAGCACAUGUGCUAUGAAAUGGAGCGCUUGCAUAGCGGUGGUGAUGUUACAUUUCAUGAUGUGCUCAGCAUGCUGUCAUACAGAUCUGUGGAUAUCAGAAAAAGCCUUCAGCUAGAAGAACUGCUAGCCCGGGAACAGCUGGAGUACACAAUAGAGGAAGAAGUGGCUAAACAAACUAUACGCAUGUGGCUAAAAAAGUGUCUCAAACGUAUCCGGGCAAAACAACAGCAAUCCUGCAGCAUUAUCCACAGUCUACGAGAGAGCCAGCAACAAGAAAGGGAGAGGUUUGGGAACCCUCCUAGUAUUGAGACAACCCAGCCAAGUGAUGACAUGAGCCUCAACCAAGAUAAUGCCCAGCCAGAGACGAGCGGUCAGCCCAAGCUUCUAAGCCCCACCUUCUCUGACCUCAUGAGAGAUCAUCAAGAUUCUAUUGAAGGUGUAAUGCGCUCAAGAAGAAUUGGCCAGUGGCAUCUACCAGCAGCACCAAAACCUAUAAGUCACUCUGUAUCUUCGGUCAACCUGCGCAUUGGAGGUAGAUCCACUAUAUCCACAGUGGGCAAGAUGAAUGCCAUGUCUGAUGCUGUCUCUUGUGGCUCAGAAGUCAAGAAAUGGUGGACAAGACAACUUACUGUGGAGAGCGAUGAAAGUGGUGAUGAUCUACUUGAUAUGUAAGGACAAUGCAUAGCAGAACCCUGAAUACUGUGACAGUACAGAAAAGUUUAUACACAGAUAACUAAUACUGUGUUGUAAUUGUUGAACAUUCCUGUUCUGGGUUUUAACAAUUUAUUUGUCAGGUUGGAAGGAGCUAUAGUUACUAUUUUAACAAUGCAGAUGCCUUGUUACUUUUGUUCCAUUUAUUUUCAUUAUUUGAUGAUAAAUGAAUGCCACCACCUCUCUUGCCCAUGGAAACUCUCUAGUUUCCAUGGGCAAAUCUAGUAUAGAGAGUUGUCUUAGUUGAUAAUAAAAUCAUUUUAUUUGUGGUCAAGUUAGGGUUAUGGAAAACAUACACGCUGGAACCUCUACUGAUUUCUAAAGUGAAGAAACCACAGAGCUAGGAUUUUAUUGAUGAUCUGUUUAACUUGUCGCAUUGACAAAUCACUGCACUUUAACUUUACAUCCAGUGGUCAGACAUAGUAAUAAUAACUGCCUAUAAAGAACUUUGCUGUAAUUAUCAGAAUGUGUGUCACGGGGAGAUUUAUAAAAACCUGUAGAGAGGAAAAGUGGAGCAGUUACCAUAGCAGUUAGAGUGUGACUUAAAUUUUUAAAAAGGCUUCUGGAGAACAAAAGAAGCAAUAUGAUUUGUUGUUAUGGACAACUGAUAAAAUUUUCCUCUGCACAGGUUUUGAUAAAUCUUACCCCUAUUACAUGGAUCACGUGAUCUCCUCCUUACUCUGUAAUUUCAUUGAAAAUAAAUGUAAACAAUAUGGUAAUACAAGUAAAACAACAAAGAUGAUCAGUGAAAAACAGAAAUAUUGUAUUUUUUAUUUCAUUGAAAAAAAUUUAAAAUGUAUGAUUACUAUUAUUAUUAUAUAGAUAUACUCAACAACUAGGGUUGUAUGUUACAUGUUCUAAACCAGUCUGUAAUCCACUACUAUAUAUUGAGGGAGUACACAUGGUCAUUAACCAAAAGGUGUGUAAUACCCCGUCUUGACUCAAGGAAUGAUAUGACGUUUAUUUUUUAUUUUUGCUGGAAUCUAAUUGCUGUGUUUAUAUCAUGAGGGUCAUUCUGAACACUGAUGAAUGACAAUUAUAUAUAUAUAUGGGAUAACCAUAGAAUUAACGAGAAAGGAAGUCUGCUGGAGUCAGACCACAUGCUAUAUGCUACAUAUAACGGAUGUAUGGUUUUCAUUAUAGAACAGUAGGCAAGAUGUACUGUUGGAUCAGGGCUGUGUGUACAGUUGUGUUGAUUUGUCCGUCUCGGAGUGGGGGCAGGUCUCCUUAAAUCAGGGGUGUCAAACUCAAAUUCAUCGGGGGCCGCAUCAGCAGUUUGGUCACCCUCAAAGGGCCGGUUGUAUCUGUAGGACCCCUCCCCCCCCCCCCCCCCCACAUACCGUAUAUGCCGGCGUAUAAGACGACUGGGUGUAUAAGGCGACCCCCAACUUUUACAGUUAAAAUGUAGAGUUUGGGAUAUACUCGCCAUAUAAGACUACCCCUCCACAUUAGGUUGGCAGUAUAGUUCCCUGCACAUUAGGUUGGCAGUAUAGUUCCUCCCACAUUAGGUAGGAAGCAUGUUCCCCCACAUUAGUAGGCAGCAUGUUCCCCCACAUUAGGUAGGCAGUAUAGUUCCCCCCACAUUAGGUUGGCAGUAUAGUUCCUCCCACAUUAGGUUGCCAGUAUAGUUCCCCCCACAUUAGGUUGGCAGUAUAGUUCCCCCAACGUUAGGUUGGCAGUAUAGUUCCCCCCACGUUAGGUUGGCAGUAUAGUUCCCCCCACGUUAGGUAGGCAACAUGUUCCCCCACAUUAGGUUGGCAGCACCCCCCCCUCCCCACAGACAUACAGCCUCCAGCCAUAUACAGUGUAUGGCUGGAGGCUGUGUGCUGCCCCCACUGUGAUCCGGUCACCGCUACUCCGGCCCGGAGUCACAAUUUACUGCUAUGGCCUAUGGACCAUAGCAGUAGGUGCCAGGACCGGUCGAGCGGUGACCGGAACGCUGAAGAGAAGACGAUAACGCGCCGCCGGUCACUUACCAGGCCCCGGCCGGAGAGCGUCCUCCUGGUCCUCCCGCGUCUUUAUGGUUCUACGCACGGGACAUCACUGAUGUCCCGUGCGUACAACCAUAGAGGCGGAGGACCAGGAGGAUCGCUAGAGGGCAGACGUUGGUGAAGGCUGGCGGCGGCUACGCGGGCCACAUGACGAGGUCUGGCGCCGCAGGCCUUGUGUUUGACACCUGUGCCUUAAAUGGACCUAGACGGUUUAUAGAACACAGAUGUAAACACAGAAGUAAAAUUGCAGCUGUAGCAGAAAUACCAUCCAAAAUUUUGUCAAAAAUUUUCUUUUUUUCCCAAAGAAAACGGCCACAAUGCGUAAUGUAUGGUGGACUGACAUUUUUUUGUACAAAAUCAGGUCUGGAUGAAGGAGUGGUCUAUUGGAGAGGUUUCACUGUACAUAUAUUGCUUUAUGCACAGCACUGUGACACAUUCUGUUUGUUGUAUCGCCCUGUAUGAUAUGGACAUAUCAAGAAUAAGCAGUAAAAUAUUCGUCAUACUAUAUGUAUGUGAAAUGCUGUAGCAGUACCUCUGUAAAAUACAAUGAAUGUUUGAUCUAUUACUAUAUAGGAUCAACUGCUUCUUCCUCAAAUUUAAAAAAUACUAAUUAUUAAAACAACUAGACAUAAUAAAAUGUGGUAAGAAGCAAUAGUGUAUAAUAAUUGUUAAAAUGCUUGUCUGGUUUAGAAAAACAGUUUUUAUAUAUCCAGUUAGAGAAUUCUAAUGUAAGGGUGCAUUUACACCACGUUUUGCAAUAUCAAUGUGAAAACCGUACAAAACCGUAUUGAAUACCGUAUGCAUUGACUCUCCAUUGAAAACCGUAUGCCAAACGAUGCAUCCAUUUGCAUCUGUUUUAUGUUUUGUACAGUUUUGUCAUUUUUUUCCUGUACCCAAAACCGUAGCCUACCACGGUUUUAGGUUUCAGUGAAAAACCGUAUUAAACCAUAUACGUUUUUUUUUUUUUUUUUUUUAACAUGGGAGUCAAUAGGAACCAUACAGAACCGUAUGUGCGUACGGUUCCAUACGGUUUGCACCAUACGGUUUUUGACUUUGCACAGUUUUUUUCUUGGAAUUUCAAUCAAUCAAGUGAAACUUUAUUCAUAAUGGAGUGAAAAUGUAAAAACGUAUACGUUUUUUUUCUUAGAAAACGGAUGCAACCAGAAAUCAUUUUUGAACCGUAUAUGUCUUUUUAACCGUAUACGGGUUCAAAUUUGUGCACACGUUUUGAUAUAGUUUAGUACGGUUUUGAGGAAUCCUAUUUUCAUCAAAAACCUGAUAGGGGAACUGUAUUGCAAAAACGCGGUGUGAAUGCAGCCUAAUAGUGGGGGUAUUCCCUGUGCAGAGAAUUCUCUCUUUAGGACCCAGCAUGCCCAUGAACCAUAUAGAAAGCCCAUUAAUUUAAUUGCCAAAGUGUAAUGCUAUCUUUUUCCUUUGGUGCUGCAUGGGACUGAAGCUAUCACAGGUUCCCACACAGAUUAAAGACAAUUGUUUGAGUUUCACCCUGUAACUUGCAUAUUUUGGGGGAACAAAUCUAACAAAAAAUAAAUAAACUAAAUAAAUAAAUAACUUAUUUAUAACAACUAUAAUACAGAUUAAAAAGUGUUUGAUAGUUAUUGUCCUCUUAAAACUUUGUAUUUUUAUAUAUUGUACUUUGCCAUAUUCUUUGCCACUUCUUACCAUUAAUGACUGGAUGAAUACUAAAUGGGGAACCUAGAGGAAAUGUUACUCACACUUAACUUUUCCUCUAGCUUUUAACUUAAAUGGAAGAGAAAACAUCAUAUAAUUCGAAAUAUUAUAGUGUGAAAUAUGUAAGAAGGGUAAAAGAUACUUAGGAUAGGCCAUUUAUUUCAGAUCAGUGGGAAUUCAACUCCCAGCAUCCCCACUGAUCAGCUGAUUGAAGAGGACGCAGUGUAUGGGUGAUCGCUGCAGCCUAUUCAUUGUUGAACAGGCAUACACUCUACUGCUUAGUCCAUUCAGGUGAAAGGUAGUGAGGUCCAUUUAGUACUUGUCUAAAAUGUAAGGUAGAAGGUACAAAUGUACAGCACUAUACUCACCUAGCCCCUUCAAUCAUCUAGUCUGUGGGAGUUCCUAGAGUCAGUCCCCAACAGUUCCUAAGUAUAGGCCAUCAAUAUAAAAGUCACGUAAAACCUAUUUUAUAGCACUGUCAGCCACUCAUGAAAGGAUCCAAGUAUUCAAUGAUGAACAAUAUAGUUCUUUAUUUCAUUAAACAGUAUCCUUCAUAUGCAUUCUUUUGUAUGCAGCUUACAUGUGUUUGCUGCUCUAAGGAAAUUAUAAGUCUUUAUAAAAAAAAGUAUAACAGUGAAUUACUAUUAUUUUAAACUUUGUUUUUUUUUCUUCUUUUAAAACUAAGAAUUUAAGAAAAUCAACAAGAGAAACAUAAAAACAGAGGUCAUUUUCACACAGUCUAUAAAGGUCAGGAGAGAGAGUGGAGUGAAUACUAAAAUGAACCAUGCUGACCAAAUACCUACCGUGAGGAAUUUCUUAAAAUGAAGCCCUUUUUUUAUAUAAUACCUUUAAUAUAAGUCUUUAUUUUUCACUAUGUAGAUAGCAAUGUUUGAGCUUUAAAACCAUGUAAAUAUAGUGAUUUUAAAAUGUAUGGAGACAUUUCAAUAACAAGAAACCUGUAAGGAACUUGAAUAACUGUGAAAAGUAAAUGAAAUGCAUUUGCUUCUGUACUUACUGUCGGUUUAUUUUCCUUUUAUUUUGUUUUUAUUCACAGCAUUUUUGUAAUUUCCAGUGUUUGUUUGUUGUUUGUGAAUCAGACAGUAAUGUAAUACUAAUGUUCUGAUGCCUUCACUGUUAUUUGCCUUUGGGCCCAGCAGUAUUUUGCUUGCCUCAUAUUGGCUGUGUUGUGUUGAUCAGGUUUACAUUGACAAAAAAAAAAAAAAACACAAAGUUUACUCAUCAUUGUGUUCUGUAAGCACUGGGGGUCAUGAACAGAUUGUUUGUUCUAACUGCAUUCAAGCUAUUGGGAGGUACGUGGUAAUGUCCCUAUUAAAACAAUCAGUCAGAAAUGAAACAACAAAGUUGAUUGAACAGUAAGAUAACCAAUAAACAAAAUAAAAGGAAAUCUGUCACAUUUCACUGUUUCACUGACACUGUUAGAUAGCUGCCUGUGCUUCCAAAACAUCGAAAAAUGCUUUUAUUCUCUGGUGCCAAGUGCCAAAAAGGUGUUCCCAAGACCCUGAAGUGUUGAGGGCUAAAACAUCUCCUCACUUCCCCCCUCAUCCUUGUCCCUGCUUGAUUGAAAGUCAAGGCUCAGUUUCCUCUACUAAAUUCUAUUUUUCAAAUCUCAUUCCUGUAUGUGCAGAUAUGAGAUUUGUAAACUGCUCGGCAUGACACCUAUUAAAAUGAAUGGGUGACUAUAUAAUGUAUAGACAAACAUAAUGUCCACCAGGGUGGGUGACAGUCCUACUUAAUAAAUUAUCAAAUAUAGAGGUGCCUAUAGCAUACGUAUGACCUCUAUGAUGCCUGCAUGCCCUAAGAGGACAUAUGCACAGGGGUUUUCCUUAGGAGUAUUACAAUGUAAUAAACACUUCUUUUUUACAAGAUUACAAGCCACAACUUUUCAUCUAUAACCUAUAAGGCUACCAGUAAGUUCUAUGUAUCCAUUGUCUCAGACUCUACAGCCAACACACACUCACAAUAAAAGCACAGUAUUUUGGUACCAAUGUAUAAAAAGCAUCAGUCUAGCACAUGCUUUUGACAUUGGGAAAGACCCCCAGUGUUUAAAAUUUUUGCACAUCAUAAUUUCUCUGUUGUAUUUUAACAAUUAUUCCUAAUCUAUCAGAUUUUGUAUCUCAGGCUGUGUUUUGUUAGGAUUUAAAGUAUGUAUCCACCAUGACUGAAACCUGUCAUUUAGUUGUGGGUGGAAGUGAAUGUAGUCCUUUAUAACUGUAAGUGAAUAUGGAGAAUAUUGUAUUUCUUAUGAAGUGAUGCUGGGGUUACAAAUAAAUUAUUCAAAUACAAACAAUGCCUUUCUUUUUGU